AGCGUCACUCGCUCCUCCCCGAGAGAGCGGCAGGGCGGCAGUGAGCUGGAGGUGCUUCUGCCUCUCUUUCCCUGUUCAUCCACACCUACUUCACAUGGUAUAUGUGUGUGUGUCCAGGCAGCGUUAUUUCAGCGCCCCUGCUCGCACUUUCUCUUGACAGAAAAGGGAAGCUUCAAACAGUGUGUGUGUGAGAGAGAGAGAGAGAGGGGAGGGGGGAAAUAGAAACAACAAGAGACUGGCGGAGAUUGGGUUUUCCUGAAGUCACUCGGUGUCUGCUGUGUUUUUUUUUCAAUUUAUUUGGGGAGGUGUGUGUCUGAGGGUUUUGCCAUCCUGGAUGCAGCUGCUGGAUUCUGCAGCGCGAAUCUUCAUGAGCAAUCCGCACCAAUUAGAGAUUCCAAGGCAUUCCAGGGUCACCAGUCUGCCACUAUGGUUAAAUGUCUUGUUUAAUGGUUGAGAGGUGCGGAGCUAUCUCAUUUGAUGGUCCUGAUCAGAAUGCCCUAUGUGUUCGCAUGCUAGGAAAUGCACGAGUGAGGGGGCAAGCAGGGCUUCUCUCUGAGCGCCGAGGGUCGUACCCAGUCAUUGAUUUUCGCCUUCUGAAUACAACCGCACAUUCAGGUGAAAUUGGCACAAAGAAAAGGGUGAAAAGACUAUUGAGCUUUCAGAGGUAUUUUCAUGCUUCUCGACUGCUACGUGGCAUUGUACCACAGACAUGUCUGCAUUUACUGGAUGAGGACUACCUUGGACAAGCCAGACAUAUGCUAUCAAAAGUUGGAAGGUGGAACUUUGACAUUUUCUUGUUUGACCGUCUGACAAAUGGGAAUAGUCUUGUCACCCUGUUAUGUCACCUAUUUAAUCUCCAUGGUCUCAUUCAUCACUUCCAGUUGGAUAUGGUAAAAUUGCACAGAUUUUUAGUUAUGAUUCAAGAAGAUUAUCACAGCCAAAACCCAUAUCACAAUGCUGUUCAUGCUGCUGAUGUGACUCAGGCAAUGCACUGCUAUCUAAAAGAACCAAAGCUUUCCCGGUUUUUGUCACCACUUGAUAUCAUGCUUGGUUUGAUGGCAGCUGCAGCACAUGACGUUGAUCAUCCAGGAGUCAACCAGCCUUUUCUAAUCAAAACCAAACACCAUCUAGCCAGUUUAUACCAGAAUAUCUCUGUACUGGAGAAUCACCACUGGAGAUCUACAGUCGGGAUGCUCCGAGAAUCAGGUCUGCUGGCUCAUCUGCCUGUGGAAAUGAUACAAGACAUUGAGCAACAGUUAGGAUCUCUUAUUCUGGCCACAGAUAUUAGCCGACAAAAUGAGUUUCUUGCAAGAAUGAAAACUCAUUCAGACAACAGAGAUUUAUCAUUGGAGGAUGCAGAUCACAAACACUUCAUACUUCAGAUAGCACUGAAGUGCGCAGACAUUUGUAAUCCUUGUCGAGUCUGGAAUAUGAGCAAGCAAUGGAGUGAGAAAGUCUGUGAGGAAUUCUACAGACAAGGUGACCUCGAGCAACGGUUUCAGUUUGAAGUUAGUCCACUCUGCAAUCAACAGAAAGACACAAUUCCCAGCAUACAAAUAGGUUUUAUGAGUUAUAUUGUUGAGCCUCUGUUUGUGGAAUGGUCUCGUUUUACUGAAAAUACUCCUUUGAGUAUAACAAUGAUGAGUCAUCUGCGAAAAAACAAAACAAGGUGGCGAGGACUGCUUCUCAAACAACAUAACAGUGAGGACAAUUCAGCCCAAAUGAAUGAAGACAAAAGCAGAACUUCUCAGGAAGCUGAACAUCAAUAAUCUAAAUCCAGUUAGAUGGUCCAGUCAAAUAAUGCCAUUUAUUCUUCACUUUCCUUUUUCAAAAUUUGCCAUUUGAGUGAAAUGAAAAAAAUCUUAAAGGGUCUGGGAAAAAUUUCUCCAGAGAAAAGAUGAAGGAAGAGAACAAUUUGUUACAAUUAAAAAUGGUUGUCUUUUCCGGGUUCUUUGCUCCAUCUUCAAUUUUGAAAAUGUGCUCCGCAUAUUACCUCAGCAACCUCCAACUACGUUUGAUUAAAAAAGGAAAAGACAUGAUAUUUGAGUUCUACCAGAAGCAAGAUUCAAAUCCCAAAAUAUCAAGCAUCGGGUUCAAAGGCAUUUACCUAAGGUUAUACUGAUGGGUAGAGAACAGUGUGGGCUGAAAAUGAUACUAAAUGGGGACGGAAAAGCCACGGAAAGAAAGUCAGCUUUACUUCAUUGUGGUGCAGUGACAAAACUCAUUCAGCAAUGUGGCUUUGGCUGUAACUGACAAAUGCUGAAGAACAUAACAUUCGACUGCUCUGCAGCUGGGCUGCACCAUUAUAAACCAUUGCUAAAACCAGCUUCAACUGAGCUCAGAAUCCAUGGGAUUUUGAGUGUGCACUGAGAAUAAUAGUUUUUUUUGGAAUAACAACCAAACUUUUUCAUUUUUGUACCUUUUGCAUCAGAAAGCAGAUGUGGCAUUCAGAACUGGAUUGCAUACCUACUGAGUACACGUAUAGAUUUUUUUCAUGUAUAGUUAUAAAUAAAAUUAAGAUGUAGAGAUAUAAAUACGAUCAAUUAGAAGGCAUACACAAUUCCAUGUUGCGCUCUGUCUCUGUCUUAGUCUCUCUUUUUCUCUCAGACAUUUACUACUGAUAACAAACAACAAAAGAUCGGUACCUUUAGAAUUCUGUGUUGAAAAAAUGCUACACUGUGAAAAAUAAAUACCAUUGGUAUUAAAAGAAGCCAAAAAUUAGAAUCAUAGAACAAAUGUAAAUAGCUGUUUUAGUUGUAGUACACUGGUAUGUUCCUAUAAAGCCUUAACGUUGCACCCAUUGCUAUACUUAUACUGUUUUGAUAAUUAAGCACAGGCAUCCUUUGUAGUAAACUAUUUGUCAUUACUAAUUACAGCAAGCUGUUUCAUUUCUAUUGUUCUGGUAAUGGUAUUUAAUAAGAGCGUCAAAACUUCACAAACAUUCCAUUUUCUCCUUACACAAUUUACAUUUAUUUUUAAUUGUUCACUGAGGCAACUCUAGGGAUUAUUUCCUUUUCAAUGCCACUAAUGCAUAACAAUGCCAUUAAAUUUAAAACCAUUUGACAGUUUGUACAGAUUUGGCAUUUUACUGAUGUCACAGAUCAUCAGCUAAGGUCUGAGAAAGUAAAUGUGUUUUUUUUAAUAAAUGUACUUUCUGCUUAAAAAUUAUAAAUGAACAGAUCAGCCCUGAAAGCCAUGUUGUCAUACUACAGAGGUUGAAAUGUAUUUAUUAUUCUAUUGACUGCAAAAGAAAAUCACACACACACCUUCAGAAAUGCUUUGUUAUACAAGCUGUUGUUUUAAUAAUGAAAACAAAAAAGGCUUUUGUUCAUCUUUGUUUGCCUUUCUGUUCAAAGGUGGGUAAAUGAAGUUGAGGUAUAGAUCAGAAAAGAUCUAAUUAACUGGUGGAACAGGAUCAAGGCACUGAAUAGCCUAUUCCUGUUUCUAUAUAACCUUGGAUUUAAUUUACACAGCAAGGAUGAACCUUACAUUAUGUGUAAGUAACUUUAAAAUGAUUACUCUUACAGAUUUAUGUACACCUAAACUUUAAUCAAUAUACAAAAGGCAAUAUUUUGAUUUAGAGGUUAGGUUCUUACAGUACAUUCCUGUAACCUAUGUAAACAAGCCUUACAGCUGUAUGAUAGCACCAUUUUAAUGUAAACUUUGUCUAAUGCUGAAAAUUUGUGAUGAAUAUAUUGUGAAAUUUGCUGUGACUGCUAUGCAGUGUUGCCAAGAAUUAUUAUUGUUAUUUCUAAAACUAAAUUUUAAUCAAGAAUAGAGUGCUGUACUUUCAGUUCUCAAGAUUUUGGACUCGAACUAAUCAUAAUUAGAAAACUUUUGUAUAUGUCACUUGUGUUUUCCAUUUAUGAAAAACAUAAAUCUGCAAACAAAAUGAUAUAUCAA